GGAGACCUUUCUUUUUCCUGGUCAUCAUGGUAUAACAUGCCAUACUUCUUUUUUUUUUAAGUUUAUAUUUCGUCCCCCUAAAAUAUAAUAUAGGAAGGCAUAGUUUAUAAGGAUUACUUAAUACGAGUACUACAUAAGGCGAGCUCCGCAGCUUGUCGUACGGCAAGUCUUCUCAUAUGAGAUACCUAAUGUGUACCUACCUAGGUAGGUUAGGUAGGUAUACAACGUGACUCCCUUGCCAUAAUUAAACACAUUUCACGUCUGCCUCAGCGUUAAAAACCUACCUAAUUCUUACAUCUCUAUGCUCUUCGUUUCCUCCCGAUUUUUGACAACUACGCACAGGAUGGCUUUACAUUCAGCAAGUGUGGACAGUAAACUAAUAUUCGCUCCCGCGGGUAAAGAGGCUCAUGGGCAAGCAGAACAAUUUACAAGGGGUGUAUUAACUCGCUCAGACCUUGAUGCGACCUCACCUAUUCGUCAGUUUCACAAGUGGUUUGCCGCAGCCCAACGGUCCGGUCGCGUUGCUCAUCCAGAGACUUGCUGUCUGUCUACUGCAUCGCUGCCAUCCGGCCGUGUAUCUUCCCGUGUGGUUUAUCUAAAGGAACUGGAUGCUGAGGGAUUUGUUAUCUAUAGUAACUUUGGUACGAGCAAAAAGGCCCAGGAUCUUGCUACAAACCCAUGGGCAAGCCUCACCUUCUGGUGGGAAGACCUUGAGCGACAGGUGAGAGUGGAGGGGAGGGCAAACAGGCUCACCCGCGAAGAGAGCCAGAAAUAUUUUGAUACGAGAGUUCGUGGCAGCCGUAUCGGUGCUUGGUCAAGUCGUCAGAGUCAGGUCCUAAAACCGACUAGGGGUGAGCAGGGCGAGGAGGAAGAUGAUGGGCGAAAGAUACUCGACGAGUGGGUCAAUGAGACUGAGAAGCGGUUUGAAGGAGAGGAAAGCAUCCCGGUUCCGGACUUCUGGGGUGGCUUGAGAAUAAUCCCCGAAUACGUGGAGUUUUGGCAAGGUCGACAGAAUCGCCUGCAUGAUCGGUUUGCUUACGAUAAGAUAUCUACGGAAGAAGGUGUUGAGGAAUGGUCUCUUGAGAGACUUAGCCCAUAAAUAUCAUUGGUCCAUAUCAAGCGUACUUGACGGGCUGAACUGUCGUUCCUAUUGCCACUUUACGAUUACCCUCACGUACAAA